AUGUUCUGGUGACAGUGACCUAUGGGUUUGGGAUAAUGAAAUGUACAUUUGGAUAUAGCAUGGGUGCAUGCUACUUGUGAAGUUAAUAAAGUAUACUGUUGAUUCUCAUAAUCAAAGUUUGCAUAUAAACAAAAACCAUUUUUUUUUCUUAUAUUACGUAACGUUUUUUCGUGUUCUGACAUCCAUGUAUAGUGUUGUGAUCAAUAUCAAGUGUGUGUGUGUAUGAGUGCCAUGCUUUUAUAAACCAACAUGGUUACACUCCAUAUUGUUUCUUCACAUAUUAUUCAUUACUGAUAUUGUGAAUUACUCAUAAAAGUAGGGAAAGUUGAAAUAGUAUGGAUACACGUGUUCCUCCCACACCGAAUAAUCCCCGUUUGGAGGAUGAUGUUAAAUCAGAACCAGGGGCAUCUUAUGCACAUGCUGUUUUGAAUUUUAAGCAGUCAACAUAUAAUAAUAAAGAGAAUAUUGAAGAAAUACCGAGAGCAAAACAAUCACAAACAUCAAUGGACAAUUCAUCCCAGGUUGAACCUGAAGAAUCUAAGGCAAAUUUAGAUGAAGAAGGAACAUUCACUCCUGUGGUAAACUAUAGUAGAAAAGAAAGAAAAAAUGACAAGUUGAAAAAAAAAACAUUAACUCAAAUUGAAAAGGAUAGACAAGACAAGCAUGAAAAGAAAGAUAACCAGGUUAACAGAGAAAAGGUCAAAGAUGCUGUUCCCAAAGAAAAAGAUGUCGCAAAUACUAAAGAGACUAAUGAAGAACAAGAGGAUGUGAAGAAAGUGUUUGUAGCAGCUCCAAUUCCAAAGUUUAAUCCCUGGCAAAAGAAGCAAUUACCCCAAACUGUGCCAAAUGAUGAGUCGGCAGAAAAACGGGUGCUUCGACCAAAAAAACAAGAUGUUACCGUGAAUGGAGCGGUAGUCAUUUCGGGAGUUGUGAAAGCUACUAAAGAUAAACAAAAGUACAAUCAUAAGGUAAAGAUAGUUGUUUUCUUCAAUAUCAGGUUCAGAGUUAUGCUAAGCUUUUUAUUCACUAAGAUCAAACUGCACAUAGCAGACCUUGGCACAUUGGAAGAUGUGAGGAAACUGGCGGAGCACGAGUUUGAUCAAAUCACUUCCCAGGAAUGGCAAAAGCGUUGCCGACAUGUUGUAGAUAUAGAGCGGAAAUAUUGGGAAAAUGAAACAUUCACAGAUGCUCAAACAGAGGCUUCAGGAAAGCCUUUCAACUCUUCACAAGGCCAAUCAUCUUCAUCCUCAGCUUCAACAUCUAAAGAUAGACAACCACCACUUCACAAUGAGGAACAAGAUGACAAAAAAAAAUCUAUGAAGCAUAAAUGGGUUCCUUUGGAGAUAGAACUGAACAAAAAUAAACAUGAUAGGAAAAAGUCUGACAGAGCUAAUGAUGACCGUUCGACUGUAAGCGAAGGUGACAAGGAUUGGAGAGCAGAAAGAGAAAAAAAUAAUAGCUAUAAUCAUAAUGGAAGGCACUCAAGACCCGCACAUGGAGUUAGAAAUAGAAACGAUAGGGGCAGGGGAGGUAGACGAGGGAACAAUCGACCUGCUAAUAGAAUACCAAGCAAUCCGGACUACCAUGAUUUUACUGGCGAUUUUCUUCCUUCGAAACUAGGUGAUUCAGUAGAUGGACAAAACUUUGUGCCCUAUAUGGGUACCUAUUAUUUCAACAGUAACAAUUACGGCGGUUUGGAAGGACCCACUGUGAAAGAAUAUAUUCGCAAUCAAAUAGAAUAUUACUUUAGCGAAGAUAAUCUGAAUAGAGACUUUUUUCUGCGAAGGAAAAUGGACCCUGAAGGAUAUUUACCUGUUACACUUAUUGCUUCUUUCCAUCGAGUUCAGGCUUUGACAAAUAAUAUAGCUUUGAUUGUUGAAGCAAUAAGUUCCUCUGAUAAACUGGAAUUGACUGCAGGUUUCAAGGUACGACCAAGAAAUGAACCUUUCAAAUGGCCAAUACUCAAUGAAUGCAAAAUUCAAGAGAUCACGAAUAACAAUAACAAACUUGUGAAUGGCAAUAGAACAGCAGAUGAUAGACAGAAUGCAAAUAAGGAGAAUGACGAAAAUAAUGAUGAUGAAACCAAUUGGAGAGAAGUUAAGAGAAAAAACAAAGAAAAUAAGGUUAAAAAAGAGUUCAAGACUUACGAACGUGAGGAGCGUGAAGAACUUGAUUUUUAUUUUGAUGAAGAGUUAGAUCAGGAAGUGCCGACUGGAAGACAAAAUACAUUUUCAAAUGAAUGGCCACCUGACGAUGAUACAGAUGAGCUCAGUGAUCAUGAUGUUAAUAAACUACUAAUUGUUACACAGUCCACAACAUCGUCAAGACCUCUCAAACACGAAGGCCAUGACCGCACUGGGGAUUGGACAACACGUGUGAAAAUGUCCCAAGAAUUGGAACAAGCAAUCAAUGAUGGGCUGUACUAUUAUGAAGAAGACUUAUGGAAUGAUCAAGAUUAUGAAAAGAGUUCAUCUGGUCUCAGAUACAGAACAUUCGCCGAGGAUAUAUACAAAGAAAGAAAAUAUGUAUUGUCGCGGGACAUGACUUUCAGUCAGUGUUAUUUGGAGCACAAUUGUGACAAAAGGGCUGAUACUUCUGGACAAAAACCACAUGAAAAUACAAACAAUUCAACUACUGUACCACGUAGAAAUGCUCCUAGGUUUUACGCUGUUGUUAAAGACGAUCGGCCUGAUCCAAGUACUCCAAGAAAACGUAAGACAAGACACUCUAGUAAUCCACCUGUAGAGCAACAUGUAGGAUGGAUCAUGGAUGUAAGAGAACAUCGUUUACGCACCACUUCUACAGGGAGUAGCUAUGGAACAAGUCCAAAUGAUGCCCAUCUUGGCACAAGUUAUGGUAGUGUUCCUCAAGCCUUGCCAACAUUUCAACACCCAUCUCAUGCUUUGCUCAAGGAUAACAACUUUACACAGCAAGCCUAUCAUAAGUUUAGGCAGAAGGGUUUGAAAGAAAGGAAGAGAUUCGGUAUUGGUCAGUCAAAUGAGAUGAAUACACUUUUCCGAUUUUGGUCAUUUUUUUUGCGAGAAAACUUCAAUCGAACAAUGUACAAUGAAUUCAAAACUCUUGCUCUGGAGGAUGCAGAACAAGGUUAUCGUUAUGGCUUGGAAUGUUUAUUCCGAUUUUAUUCCUAUGGCUUAGAAGUGAAGUUUAGACCGCACCUGUAUGAGGAUUUUCAGCAAGAAACAAUAAGAGAUUAUGAAAAUGGACAGUUGUAUGGGUUGGAGAAGUUUUGGGCAUUUUUAAAAUACUAUAAACAUGGUGGUCAUUUGAAUGUUAAUCCAGCAUUGAAAAGAUAUUUGUCUAAGUUUAAGACUGUUGAAGAUUUUCGUGUUGUUGAACCUAGAAUUGAGGAAAUAUUCAAAUCUCAUCACGGGAAAGGGAAUCAAUACAAACCGACCAGACGAAAUAGGAGUUUAUCCGAGAGUCAGUCUGCUGUCCCAAGUACCUCGCGAGAUGAUCAAAGACGUCCAUCUGGGGCAUAUCAAAGAAAUGAAUAUUCACAUCCGCAGCCAGGAACAAGUGCUCCCGCUGAAACAGGUUUCAAAUAUUCUAGAUCUCGUACUCAAUCUUUUGGCUCUGGACGUAUACGUACUAAUAAUUCUCGCCCACGAUCUGAUUCGUGGAGACAAAAAGAUACCAAGUAGAGAGUUUAUUGGUGAGUAAUUGAGUAAUUCGAGCUUUGAUAUUCAUUUUUACAUCUUGAUAAUUUUGAGACCAUUAUAGAUAUAUAAAAAGUGAGGACCAAUUCUAAGAAUUCCUUUUGUAUGCCUACAGCAUCUAAUGUUGCAAAUUUAUUCUCUAAGGUGCUGGACUGUUUUGUGAAUAAUGAAAACUUUGAAUUUAUAUUCCAAACUAACACACUACUGUACCAAUUCUUCAUUCGUACUUUUUUUUUCACUUUAAUCUCUUGUUUUGAUGUUAGUAAAUAGUGAAGUGAUGUUAGUCAUCAUUUAAAUCUUAAUUAUAUAUGAGCUUAUGCUCAUUAAUUAUAUUUUAAUAAGCAUACGCUCCUGAAUAAAAAAAAUUGGUGCAUCACCAUCCAUCCUAUUAUUACUUACAUUGGUUGAUAUAUUUAAGGAGCACUACUAGUGGUUCAGUUCAGAGUAUUAAUCACUAAGAAGGUGAUGUAACAAUCCAUCCAUCAAUUAGUGCUUGUCUUUUUUUCUAAAUUCAAAA